AUGGACGCAUUCCGCAACGCUGUGGACGCCGUCGCGGCGAUCUUGCGCCGCGUGCUGCUGCGCGACCCGAGCAACCGACGCGAGGCGUGCACGUGGCUCGCGGCGCUAAUCGGCCAUGUGCACCUCCCGCCCGCGCUGCGCCGCGCGCUCGUCUGCCAGCUGGUGGCGCGCAGCGGAUCGCUCGCCCCUGGUAAGGCCGGCGGGAAAGUGCGCCUGAUUCCCGAAACACCCCCGUUUCCUAUCCGCUCGCUUGUCUGCCAGCGGAUCGCUGGCCGCUGGAGAGCUGGGGGGGAAGGCCGGGGGAAGGCCGGGGGGAAGGCCGGGGGGAAGGCCGGGGGGAAGGCCGGGGGAAAGGCCGGGGGAAGGCCGGGGGAAGGCCGAGGGGAGGUUGCAUUUCUUCCCAACACCUUCAUCCCACGUGCCUCUGACCGCUCUCUCAUUCCACUCUCUCAUUCCGCUCUCUCAUUCCGCUCUCUCAUUCCGCUCUCUCAUUCCGCUCUCUCAUUCCUCUCUCUCAUUCCGCUCUCUCAUUCCGCUCUCUCAUUCCUCUCUUCCCUCCCCUGA